AUGUGCGGAAUCUGCGCCUUUUUUAGACACCCCGAAAUUGAAAACUUUAAGGAUCAUGCGCUCACACUUUCCAAGCGCAUCCGUCACCGUGGUCCCGAUUGGUCCGGUAAUGUGAUUAAAAACAGCACAAUUCUGCUGCAUGAACGCUUGUCCAUUGUGGGUGUUGAUUCCGGUGCUCAACCCAUCACCAAUGCUGAUGAAACCAUUGCUUUGGCUGUCAAUGGUGAGAUUUAUAACCACCGCAUUCUGCGCGCAAAGGAACUUAGCGACUACCCUUAUAAGACUCACUCAGAUUGUGAGCCUAUCAUCCCUCUCUACCAAAAGUAUGACACUGACGCUCCCAAGUAUCUCGACGGCAUGUUUGCAUUUGUUCUCUACGACGCCCCUAAGGAUCGCAUUAUUGCGGCCAGAGACCCCAUCGGUAUCACCACUCUUUACAUGGGUCGUUCCAAGAAAAACCCCCAAACCCGUGCUUUUGCCUCGGAGCUCAAGUGUCUUGUCGAUGACUGCGACGAAAUUAUCGCCUUCCCCCCUGGUCAUGUUUACGAUUCCGUGACUGAUGAAGUCACUCGUUAUUACAACCCUAUUUGGUGGGAUGCGGAAAAAAUCCCCUCCACUCCUGCCAACCUUACCCUUAUUCGUGAAACCCUUGAAAAGGCUGUCCGCAAGAGACUCAUGUCUGAAGUCCCCUAUGGUGUCUUGCUCUCUGGUGGCUUGGACUCAUCUCUUAUUGCCUCCAUUGCUGCCCGCGAAACCUCAAAGGCCAUUUUGGAUAACCCUAUUGACCACUCGCUCGCUGGUAUCGACGAAUCUGGUACCCUGAUCAACACCUCGGGCUCUCGUCUUCACUCGUUUGCUGUUGGUCUCCCCAAUGCUCCUGAUCUUCAAGCUGCCAAGAAGGUGGCCAAGUACAUUGGUACUAUUCAUCAUGAGCACACUUUUACUCUGGAAGAAGGUCUUGAUGCUCUUAAGGAUGUCAUUUGGCAUUUGGAGACUUUUGACGUGACUACAAUCCGUGCGUCUACCCCCAUGUACCUGCUUUCUCGCAAAAUCAAGGCCCAGGGUGUUAAGAUGGUUCUUUCUGGUGAAGGAUCAGAUGAAAUCUUUGGUGGUUACUUGUACUUUGCCAAUGCUCCCUCUAGAGAAGAGUUCCACAAGGAGUCUGUUUCCCGUGUUAAGAACCUUCACCUGGCUGACUGUCUUCGUGCCAACAAGUCCACAAUGGCUUGGGGUCUGGAAGCCCGUGUGCCCUUUUUGGAUAAGGAGUUUUUGGAUGUGUGCAUGACUAUUGAUCCCACUGAUAAGAUGAUUACCAAGGAACACAUUGAGAAGUACAUUUUGCGCAAGGCUUUUGAUACCUCUGAUGAUCCUUCUGCUAAGCCUUAUCUUCCUGAUGAGAUUCUGUGGCGCCAAAAGGAGCAGUUUUCUGAUGGUGUUGGAUACUCGUGGAUUGACGGUCUUAAGGAUGCUGCUGAGGCCCGCAUUACUGAUGAGCAAAUGGCCAACCCUAAGCCUGAAUGGGGCAGUGAUAUUCCAACAACAAAGGAGGCUUACUGGUACCGCCUUAUGUUUGACGAUCUGUUCCCACAACCUUCGGCUGCGUCCACUGUUAUGCGUUGGAUCCCCAAGGCUGAUUGGGGCUGCCAUGCUGAUCCUUCUGGUCGUUAUGCAAAGACCCACGAGGCUUCUGUCUUGUCCACUGAGUAG